AUGGAAUCCACCAUGACAAAGAUCUCGAAGCUUCGAGCCCUCAUUCGUGAGUUGCAGAAAAAAUACAAGAAGGAUGCCGAAACCACGAAGUGCACAAGUGGCUUGGAAACCCAGAUCAAAGACAUGGAGACCCAGUAUGACAAGUGCUGCGACGAGAAGGCCAAGGCUGAUUCUCAGGGCAUGAGUGAGGAGAUCUACAAGUCCAUGGAAGCUCGCAUCAAGGAGGUGCUCCCGAGCAUCAGCGACCGAGAUGAAGAUCAGGAGCAGCAUGCAGCAGCAGCGCCAAACUUCCUGACCGCCAAGAAGUUCUACGACAAGAACGAGGUUCUACCCCAAGCCGACUCGUUCGUGGACUCAGCCACGACAUUGGCGAGGGAACGUUUGGCUCCGUUUCCCUGGGCCAAAGUACUUGACUGCGAUCGUGUGACCAAACCGCAUGCCAAGCCUGCACCUGACGACGCCCCGGAGUGCCCCGAGAAGCCAGAGUUCAGAACGAACAUCAAGAGCAUCGGCAUCCCCAUGAGCAAAUCCAAGAACCUGCUUUCCCAUUUGGAAAUGUCACCUGCUCUGUGCCGCAUGUAUAACGAAUGCAACGAAAUGGGGUGCAUCAUCUUCAAUGUUCCUUCUCGGAAUGCACUGGCCGGAAGAGUGGUGCAGCAUUGUAUGAAGGAGAUAGACAUCAUCCUUGCAGUGCAAAAGCCGUUGAUAUUCAAACUGGGCUUCACCCAUAACCCAGUGUGGCGAUGGGCCAACCGAGUGUAUGGAUACGGCAAGGCAAAAGAGAAGUGGAGUCACAUGAUGAUCCUUUAUAUAUCAGAAGAACAUUUCGGUCCAGCGAUGCUAGAAGCGGCCCUCAUUGACAAAUACAGUACGACCGGAUGCCGAAACAUCAAUCGUGGUGGUGACAAUGUGCAGAGCAAAGACAUACCAGAUAGUCACUAUAUGACAUACAUCGUGUACAGAUCCUUCACGCUCCGGGGCUCGAGCAAAAUGAUUUGCUUUGCGAUUUUCUGCAUUCGGGCCACAUGCAGAUCUGCGAUUCGGACGGCCCGCAACCUGGUUUCGGACCUGGGGGACAAGGCUGGCUCGGUGGCAGGCCUUCGAGAGUUAGCAAGCUGCUCAGAGACUCAUUCGGAGAGAGAUGCGAACCGACUUCUCACUGGCAAGCUUAAGCUGGCCCUGCCGAUACCAAUCAGCAAGGUUCCUGGUGAUGAAUUUUCAGAGGGAGAAGGGCUGCCGAUGUUUCGUUUGCGGGAUUGGCUAGCCUAUAUUCUGAAGAUAAAUGCCUGGCACCAUUUGUGUGGGCUGAAUGCACCAAACCCCAAGCGGGAGCAGGCGAUUUGGGGAGCUUUCUGGGAGAAGUACCGUGCUUUGGACCCAGGGCACACAGUCUUCCAAAAGGCUAGGGAAGGAGCUGUGCAGCUGGAAAGAUGCGCAGCAAUGCUGCUUCAUGGAGAUGAAGGCCGUGGCAGGAGGAGGCAAGCAUUCUUGGUUUUAUCUUAUCACUCUUGUUUGGGGAAAGGCACAGCAGCAGCAGAACGAGCACGCAAGGCCAAGAAAGUCAAAAAGCCGUACUUGAAGAUGGCAACAAACUUCGGGGGACAUACAUACACGACACGUUUUUUGGCCGCUGCCAUGACGCGAAAGAUGUACAAUGACAACGAUCAUUUCUUUGACGGCCUGAUGACCUCGAUUGCUGAUGAAGCUGCGCACCUUGCAAACUGUGGUGUUGAAGACCGGUAUGGGCAGAAGCACUGGGUCAUUGUGCUUCGCACAAUUGGAGAUUGGCCUUGGUUGCAUCGUGCUGCCAAGCUCAACCGCACGUAUGCUAACGUGGUGAAGCGCCUUGACCAAACCCCGGGCGGGAUAUGUCACUUGUGCGAUGCUGGCACCGAUGCUUAUCCCUUCGAGCAAAUCGGGACGCGCCGACCCAGAUGGCUGAGCACUAUGUAUCAGACAUGUCCUUUCGACGAGGUUCCAUUUAUGGCUCGGGUGCCACACAACCCUGCACGACUUGCGGCACACUAUGCAUUCGACGUUUUUCAUACAGUUCAACUCGGCAUUGGACGGUAUUUGACGGGGACGAUGCUUGCACUGUGGUCUGACCGUGAAGCCGGCAACAUCGAGGAAAGAUUUGAUUCCAUCACCACCAAAUACAGAGCUUUUUGCAAAGCAAGCGGGCGAGCGAUGUUUGUUUCAAAACUGACAAAAGAUACGAUUCAGUGGACUAGCACCACGGAGUAUCCAGCUGCUGGCUGGUACAAAGGCCAGCUUACAACCAACGUCAUGGAGUUUCUACAGCAUUUGGGGGAGUCUAUCGACAUGAAUGGUGAUGAUGUGGACCUUUUGUUGUCAAUGGGAACAGAAGCUGUUGUGUCGCUGAACAGUUUCAUGCGAUUGCUCUACGAAUCAGCUGUGUGGAUCCCCCCUGCUGAUGCUGGUCGUGCUGGCGAUCUCGCUGCUAAAUUUCUGAGGCGUUACAAUGACUGCGCCGUUCGAGCGAGGAGUUUGCAGAGAACGCUGUUUCCCAUCCAGCCUAAGUUUCAUUGUUUACAACACAUGGCCAUAGAGCUUUUGUCUGCAAGCAAAGCAAAUCUUCAUGCGUUAAGCCCAUUGGUGCUGUCAACGCAGCAAAGCGAAGACUUUAUAGGCAGGCCUUCGCGCCUGAGUCGCAGGGUUUCUUCGAGAGGAACUGUCACCCGUGUGAUGCAGCGCUACCUUCAGUCGUGCCACAGUCAUUGGGUGAAGGCCGGUUUGCUGAUCGAAGGCGCAAGCUGA